GCGUCCAGCCCAUUACUGCCCGAACACGUUUGCCUUCUUUUUCUCCGAGCAUCGCUCCGAAUAAAAUAACGGCUUUCUGCUUGGUGGCCAUAAUGAUUGAUUGCGAAGCGGGCACCUCUUGCAAGACUUGAAUACACGCUUGAAAGAAAGCUCUCGAGGAAAAAGUGCACUGUGAAUCCAAGCGAAAGGACGCCUAUCUCGCUUGCUACAAGUUGUAGGCUGGAAUCGUCCUCGUUCGCUGUGCGCACCGUGAUGAUUGAUGGAGUGUAUUCAUCUAUAUCUGUCUUUGACGUGAAGGCAUGAGCAAAGGCACUCGAAUGCAAGACGGCCGCCUUCCAACCUGGUUUCACCUCCGGAUCGUUUACAGGAUUGAAACCGGGCUUGGCACGGGGAUCAUGUGACUUAGCACGGAUGACCGCGCUUCGCUUACAACUCAGAUUUCACAUCCGAUCCCCCGAACCACCUACAAAACCAAACCCUGAUAACAGGGAGCCCCCUUCUUUACCAAACUGGCUUUCGCAUUCCGUUCCUCCACAAAAAUCUCUCUUCCAUCCGCCAUCUCAAGACUCGCACACAUCUCUCGCGCUCUCUCAUCAACUUCGAUGCCGCCCAUCUUUGACAAACCGACCGUGGAGAAAUAUGACUUGGUACUGAUCGGCGGUGGGAGUGGUGGAUCUGGAUGUGGCCGCCGCGCCGCAUCUUACGGAAAGAAAGUGGCGGUUGUCGAAAUGAGCGGGGUGCUUGGCGGGACAUGUGUCAACGUCGGAUGUGUCCCCAAGAAGAUCAUGUGGCACGCCGCAGAUCUGCAAGAGAAAGUCGAGUACCACGCUAAGGGCUACCAAAUCAAGGGCGAUGCGCCGAUCCCCAAGUUCAACUGGGCCGCCUUCAAGACCCAGCGCGACGCCUACGUGCACCGCCUAAACGGCAUCUACGCUAGCAACUUCGAGCGCGAGGGCGUCGAGCACCACACCGGAUUCGGGCGGCUCACCAGCGCGACGGAGGUCGAGGUCACGCGUCCGGAUGGCGGCAAGUACGUGCUCAAGACCGACAACAUCUGCAUCGCGACGGGUGGCACGCCGGUCAUCCCGUCCGACGCUGAGAUCCCGGGUGCGUCGCUGGGGAUGAAUAGCGACGGCUUCUUCGCCCUCGAGGAGCAGCCCAAACGCGUGGCCGUUGUCGGCGCGGGCUACAUCGCUGUCGAGUUGGCGGGUGUGUUCAACGGCCUCGGGUCGGAGACCCACCUGCUCAUCCGUGGCGAGACGGUUCUGCGGACGUUCGACCCUGCGGUGCAGGAGACUCUCACGCCGUGGAUCGAGCGCACGGGCGUCAAGCUGCACAAGACCAGCCACAUCGUCAAGGUUGAGGGGCAGAAGGGCCAGGAGCUGACGAUCACCACCGACAAGGGCGAGACCUUCAAGGUGGAUGCGCUCGUCUGGGCUAUCGGCCGCAAGUCGCUCACGGCGGACAUGGGUCUCGACAAAGUCGGCGUGAAGCUCGACGCAAAGGGUGAUAUCGUCGUCGACGAGUACCAGAACACAAACAUCAAGGGCAUCACCGCCAUUGGUGACGUCCAGGGUAAGGCGCUGCUCACUCCGGUCGCCAUCGCUGCCGGCCGCCGUCUUGCAAACCGUCUCUUCGGGCCCGCACAAUUCAAGAACGACAAGCUGAGCUACGAGAACAUCCCUACUGUUGUCUUCUCGCAUCCCACCAUCGGCACUGUGGGGAUGACUGAGCCCGAGGCCCGCAAGAAAUUCGGCGAUGAUGCUGUGAAAAUCUACAAGACGUCCUUCCGCUCAAUGUACUUCGCGAUGGUCGACGAAGACCACAAGGAGCCGUCCAUGUUCAAGCUCGUCUGCGUUGGCCCCGAAGAGAAGGUCGUCGGAGUGCACAUCCUCGGCGCCGGAAGUGACGAAAUGAUGCAAGGAUUCGCCGUAGCAGUGAAGAUGGGCGCACGCAAACAAGACUUGGACGACACAGUGGCUAUCCACCCGACAUCAGCUGAAGAGCUUGUGACAUUGCGAUGAAAUAUGUAGAUCGGCUUAGAUGUAGAAUAAUCACUGUUUAUCUUACCCAGUUAGGGAUUUACUUGCAGGUGUCUUUCAUUAACCCCAGCUCCAUGGCCUUGAUCAUCAGUGCCUGGAGGGCAAAAUCAAA